UCAUCCCCAAAACAAAGCCUUCGUUUUUUGUUGUGAUUCUAAAAGAAAACGCAACCUAAUAUCGUCACCCACAGGAAUUAAUGGAUGUAUUGUUAGGAAAGAUAUAUAAGAUGAAACUAAAUACCAAUCACUUCAUAACUCUCCGAAAGUGGAUUCGCACUGUGUGAAAUAUGAAAAAAAUCAUAAUCGCAAUUUUACUAACCUUGACGUUUAUUAAAUUCACGAAACCGAUGGAUAUUUGGAAAGAUAAAAAUUACAAUUUUCUGGAUUAUGACGAAGUGGAUGAUCGGUGUGAUAACGAGAUUUGCCAAAACAACUUCGACGAUUUGAUUAAGAGAAAAGUGAAAGACAACGAGGACAUGACGUACCAAUCAGACGUGAUAGGUAAAAAGACAACGAGACUGUCACCUUAUUACCAUCCUUCACGGCCGAUGCCUUGUUCGUGUGGGAUCGAAUUUCGCGUUCUCGAUUUAGGACACCAGUAUUACCCAAGAUAUUUACACUCAGGUGUAUGCAAAUCGGAACUUUGCGGGGGACCCUACCGUUGCAUCGAACGCCACUACAAAGUCCGCGUUUUGAAACAGAAAGACCCCCGAAACCCUGAAAUAAGACCCUCAAUGGCCCUUCCAGACACUCUAAAAGGCACUUGGCUUUCCGAAACAAUCACAGUAACAGUCGCAUGUGAAUGUUCUGUAUGAAUAAAUUAACUGUCUUUCACUCAAAUAAAAAUCGCAUCCUGA